AUGGUUCACUUUUCCCUAACUGAAAGCCAAAAGCUACUGCGAGCCAAGGCCGCAAAAGCCGCACGGGAGGUCCUAGGCUCAGCCUACCCCGUCUACUCCAAGUUUCCAGACCAGAUCGAUCGCUUCCGUGCCACUCGUCCGUUCUACGCCCAGCUAGUUCGAGCAGGCUUACUCAAGGCCCUGAUCCCAAAGUCAGACGGCGGAGAGGCUGAAAGUCUUCUGGAAUCUGCCUUCAUAUUGGAAGAGCUGUAUGCCGUCGACUCAAGCAUUACUAUCCACCUUGUGGGCACCGCUCUUGGACUGCUCCCUCUACUCCUGGGUGGUACGCCUGAGCAAAAGAAAAGGUUCCUCCCUCCUUUCAUCUCAGGAGAGGGUGACUAUCUCGCAAGCUUGACUCAUUCCGAGCCAGGUGGCACGGCCAACCAUCUCGAAAAGGGUGGCAAAGGCCUCGGUGUCACUGCUAGGAAGGAAGGUGAUUUCUACGUCGUUAAUGGAGAAAAGAGAUGGACUACAAACAGUGCUGGUUGGGAUGCUAAAGGCGCCACGCUGUCCUGCCUGUGCGUUCGAUACUCUGAGGACGGGGGGGCAGAGAAAGCCGACGUCGAUCCAGCCACCACCUUGAUGGUACUACUUGUAACUCGAGAGGUGGUCGCCCAGAACCCACCCGAAGCCUACGUAAUGCUCGAAGAGCCAGAUCUAAUGGGCCAUAUCGCCGUUACAGGCCCUCAGACCCGUUACACCAACUUCAAGGUUCCCGCCGAUCAUGUCUUGUUUGCUCCUGGGUCAGGUGCGAAGCAGAUCGAGGAGGCCUUUGGCAUCACAGGAGCCAUGGUCGGGGCCAUGGCUAUCGGUACCAUGCGCGCUGCUUUCGAAAAGGCGCUCGAAUUUGCCAAAAACGACCACAGGGGAGGCUCGGUGCCUAUCAUCCAGAGGCAGAGUCCCUCUGAUUUGCUCAUCAACGCCAAGAUAAGAAUCGACUCGUCCCGGGCUCUAGUGUGGAAGGCACUUGACUCUCUAGACAACGGACCAGGUGAUGCCAAGGCCCAGUUCGAAGCCUGCUUGGAAGCCAAGAUCCACAGCUCCGACUCGGCCAUCCAGUGCGUGUACGAGUGCAUGCAGGUAGUUGGCAUGACAUCAUACGCCAACGAUACGGGCUUCCCUCGUCUCCUAGCUGAUGCAGCUGUAUUCCCUCUUUUUGAUGGAGGAAACAUCGGUAUUAGACGCCGCCAGUUCCAAAGACUUAUGUGCGAGGACAACUAUCAGCCUUGGGCAAAUCUUUAG